AGAAUUGCACAUACACGUUUUAAUACAAUAUUGCCAUUUUUCUGUUCACAGUUGUUGCUCCGUGUAUUUAGUAUUAGUAGUUCUACAAAACAGAAUAAACUAAGCCUGUAGGUUUUUUUAAGGUGAGGAAGGAACGAACCAGCCAUGUCCUGGAUAUGAACGUGUGGUUAUGAAUUGUGUGGUUCUGUAAACGAACUCUAAGAUUUGCCCUGGAUUCACUCUGAUGACUGUUUGCCUGUAAUCGCCAGCCUUUAUAGCUGGACUCAGUGGGACGGCUCCAGACUCCAGUCGCUCUUCGACCCUCUCCUUGACAUUUUCAUUUCUUUCUGACCGACAACAGAAGACAGGAGGAAACUCAUCCUCGGCAGCAUGCAACGUUUCGUCGGGACUUCUCUCCUUUAUUUCCUUCUCUUGCACCUGCCACCUGCGCAGAUGUUUCAUCUUCCAGAGGAGAGACCAUCUAGAGUGACGUUCAUGGAGGUGCUGGGAAAGAGCAUGUGUCAACCCAUGGAGCAACUGGUGGAUGUGGAGCAGGAGUUUCCGGAUGACGUGGAAUACCUGUACAUACCCGCCUGUGUCCCACUCUGGCGGUGCUCGGGCUGCUGCAUAGACGAGCAGCUGGAGUGCCAUCCUACCGCUCAGCGCAACAUCACUCUGGAGGUGAUGCGGAUUAAUUCUUUGGCGCAGAUGGAACAUGUGGAACUGACAUUUGUGGAGCAUCAGGAAUGUAAAUGCAGACUGAGUCAGAAACCUCAAACUGAUAACAACAACAGUGAGUCCAUUAAGUACAGACCUCGAAGGAGGAAGUGCAAGAAGACUGCCACCGGCUGCGGAGAGUCCCAAUUCCCUAAAAUGCGGAAAAACCUUGGCUAAUUAACGAAAAAUUUGAUCUGGAGGAGUGAGCGAGAACCCAUGUGACAGUUCAUCCCCAGCCAACUCAUCUCUCCUGCACCAGUUAGACGUUGUACAUGCCAUCCUUUUUCUAUGAUUAAGUGACAUUAAAGCAAAAACUUUCAUUUAUUUGUGCUGAAACCUGCACACAUAAGGUUUCAUUUUCUCUUAUUGUAACAUUUGUUCAGGCUUUGUAUGUUGCUGUUCCUCUGGGAGGGUUUUAAAAUGUGUUUAAAAAGCAGAACAGCUACACGCUGCUUCUUGUUUAUUUUAACUUCUAUUGUUAGGAAAGCAACCCCAAACCUAGUGAAAAGAAAACCCACUGCAGAUUCAAUGCAGCACGUUUUAAAGUUCUCAAUAAUCAUUGAAUUGAACUGUCAAACAUGGAAAGUGCAUAAAAUAAAAGCUUACCAAGCA